AAAAGAGUAGUCAGGAGAGAUGGGCAAAGAAAAUACUGCAAGAAAGUGGAAACAAGUCCACCUGGGGGAAAGAGUUAGAGAGGUGGAAAAGGAGAGAACACCUGAGGGAAGAGUGGAAUGAAAUGGAGAUCAGGGAUGUGAAGAAGGCAGUAGAAAGGAACGGACAAGUCAAAUGGCAGGAAGGAAUGAGUGGCAAGUCAACGCUAAAAUGGUACAGCAGGAAACAGAAACCAGAGGGAGUACACUGGCAUGUAGGAGACUGGGGGAGCAAGCUGUUGUUUAAAGCAAGAACAGGAACCCUGGAGGUAAACGGCAGGAACAGGGACGGGGGAAACCAGGACUGUAGCUGUAGGACGGGGCAGAUGGAAACAGUAGAACACCUAAUAGUGGAAUGCAGCAACUAUGAGAGGCAGAGAGGGGAGUUGGUGGCAGGAGUAGUGAUGGUAAUAGGCGGAGAGGAGUGGGCUAGGAGACUAGAGGAGGAAAACGGGGCGAUCUGCACGGUGUUGGGGCUGUAUGGAGACAAAAAGGAAACGGAAAGAAGAAUGGUAAAGUUGGCAAAAGUGUUCCUCGCGCAGUGCUGGGAAAAAAGGGCACAAAUGUCCGUAUAAGUGAAUAUAAGUGGCUUUAUUUCAGAUUAGAAAAUUACAUAACGCUGAAAAGAAAGUUGUGUGAAUAAGAAGGGAGGAACGAGAGGAGGAGGACCUAAGAAGCGAUACAAAGCGUUACAGGUCAAAAGAAGAAGAAGAAGAAGAAGAAGGGACGCUGUGCUCCGUGCUUUCCCUUGUUAUCCCUGCUAUCCACGUGCCCCCCCUUGUUAUCCUCGUGCUCCCGGCCUUGUAGCGGUGCCGUGGCGGGGCGUGUAGGCGUUGACAUCACUCACGGUCAACGGCACUGCCCAUACACUCAGUCCACCCUGGCGGGGACCUCACCAAUGACCUCCAUGAAAACAGGGUCCCAGACAAGCCAGUUGGUCUGAAGGUGUCUUGUGGUCCAUUACUGCCGUGGCGCUGACUGACCACAUCAGGGUGUGUUGGCAGCCCCCCGCACAGCACAAUGUGCUGCUGUGCGGCUACACCAUUGCCUGGGACCAAGGCGUGGCGGACAUCUACUCCAAGAUCGUGGACAGCAAGCAGCGCGGUUACAUCAUUGAUAAGCUGGAACCCAACAUGGAGUUUGUGAUAAGCCUGCGAGCCUUCAACAACGUGGGUGACGGGCAACCGGUGUACCAGCAAGUCCGCACCCAGCCAGAGGAGGAGGAGGUGGUGGCACCCACGCUGGACCCGGCGGUGUGGGUGAAGGCCGUGGUGCUGACGCCCUUCACCGUGGUGCUGCAGUGGGCGGACACCAUGCUGAGCCAGAACCAGUACAACAGCUGCACCACCUUCUCGUCCUCAUCCUCCAGCCGCUACGUCAACGCCACGGAUGUGACCUGCCUCAUUGACAGCCUCAAGCCAUCAACAAUGUGUUUGGUGUGAGUCCCCCUAUAGCCUGGUGGCCUCCAACACCCUGCUGGUGGCCCGGCCGUCCUAGCCCUCCCUGGCCAGCCAUCCACCACCACCUUCACCCGGCAGCCGUCCACCACCAGGUUCACCCGGCAGCCGCUGC